AUGGCUAAAGACAUUGAAAUAUCUGCAUCCGAAUCCAAAUUCAUCUUAGAAGCUUUAAGGCAGCAUUAUAGACUGGACGGUCGUUCCUUUGAUCAAUUUCGCGAUGUGAAAAUAACAUUUGGCAAAGAGUUUGGUGAUGUCAGCGUGGAAAUGGGCAACACCAAAGUCCAUUGCAGAAUCAGUUGCCAAAUAGCACAACCAUACGAAGAUAGGCCAUUCGAAGGCCUAUUUGUAAUAUCUACGGAAAUAUCCCCGAUGGCCGGAUCUCAAUUUGAAAACGGAAAUAUUACAGGAGAGGAUGAAGUUUUAUGUUCAAGAAUAAUUGAGAAGUCGGUCAGGCGGUCCGGCGCAUUGGAUGUGGAAGGACUAUGUAUUGUGGCUGGUAGCAAAUGUUGGGCUGUGAGAGCAGAUGUACAUUUUCUGGAUUGUGAUGGCGGAUUCAUUGAUGCUUCGUGUAUUGCCGUGAUAACAGGACUGAUGCAUUUUAAGAAACCAGAUAUAACGGUCCAUGGCGAACAGAUUAUUGUUCAUCCUAUUAAUGAAAGGGAGCCGGUUCCAUUAGGCAUACUACAUAUUCCAAUUUGUGUAACGUUUUCUUUUUUUAACCCGCAAGACACUGAGGAAAAUAUAAAAGGUGAAACGAACUCAGAAAUUUCGAUUAUUGAUGCAACAUUGAAGGAAGAAUUACUUCGAGAUGGUGUUUUAACCGUUACACUAAACAAAAACCGUGAAGUAGUGCAAGUAUCCAAAGCUGGUGGUUUACCAAUGGAUGCGUUAAUGCUAAUGAGAUGUUGCCACGAAGCCUAUGCCAUUAUCGAAAAAAUAACUGACCAAAUACUGCAGCUUCUAAAAGAAGACUCCGAAAAGAGAAACAAGUAUGCUGCUAUGCUUACAUCUGAAAAUGCGCGCGAAACCUAG